GUGCGCUGCUCUCCCUCGGCGCUUCAGUGCGUCAUCAACAGAGUCGCUCAAUUACCGGCGGUUGAAUCAGAUUCAUUAACACGAAUUAAGAAAGUCCCGGUUAAUUCAGAGGAGACUGACUCUCGAUUAAAUCUACAACGUGAACUAAACACACGACGGAAUGCAGGAGCAUUUUCAUUUUGGAUUUACUUGAACCGCAGCCAAUUAUUCCAUGACUCAUUCCGGUGAUUCUGUCAUCUCAGAAAUAAGAUGCUCUUCGCCUCAUAUAAAUAAACCCCACUGAUGCUCGAGAUGCACCGACAACCGACUCUCACAAACAAGGUCAUUUCCAGUAGACACCGACCCGAGAUAACCGGAAGUUUCCCUCAAUGAAGCUGCACGUGCUACUCGCUGCUGUGUCCCUCGGUGUGUUUGUCUCGCUUUCUGGAUCCGCCCCCGGACACACGAACACGCAGCUGCCGGUUCUGAUGCGCUCAGGAGCGGAGUACUUCAUCAGGCUGGACAACGCCGCUCACAGUCCGCGCGCGCCAGACCGGAGAUCACCGACACGCACCGAGGCGCUUCAGCUGCAGCUCACGCAGCGGCGGUUAGGAGGUAAGCUCGGUAGUGUCGGUAACGAGAUCAUAAACAGCUUCGAGGAGCGGGAGCGACGGUCUGAGGAUCCGCCAAUUUCGCUGGAUCUGACUUUUCACCUGCUGCGCGAGGUGCUGCAGAUGGCGCGAGCCGAACAACUGGCCCAGCGCGCGAGCAACAACCGCAAGAUUAUGGACGAUUUAGGAAAAUAA